UAGAAGUCAUCUAUUCAGUGCCCUUUGUCUCUGUAGGAUUUGUGUCCCAUAGUUCCCUCAUAUUCAUGUGUCACACCUGUGUUUCUUCUUUCUCAGGUUCCUCCUGCCCCUCUGCCCAUUCCUUCUACUGAGCUGAACUGGAGAGAGAGAGAGAGUGCAGAACUGUAUCACUCACCGACACCCCAAUAAUCUCAGACCACAUGGAGCCCCCAGGGAUAAAGAGGAAACUGAGAAUCAGCCUCAAUCCCCCCGUCCUAUUCAGCUUUCUACUGGUCUCUCUCUCACUGCCCGCAACUGAAGCAGUUGAAGUGAAAGUCAGCGACUCACCAGUGAAAGUACUGAAGGACCAAGAUGUGUUUAUCCCAUGUACAAUCAGUAGAUACAGCAGCACAGAACUGGAUCUACAGCGUCUCUCUGUUCAGUGGAUCCUGGGAUCUGACCCAGUUUAUAUCUAUGACGGAGGCUCCCACAACCCCAUCAGACCAGGAUCACAAUUAGACAUUCAUCUGAUUAAAGGCAAUGCUGGGCUGUACCUGGCGCAGGUACAAGUGGCUGAAGAGGGAGAAUAUACCUGCACUGUUACAUAUGAUAAUGAGGAGGAUGAGGGGAGAUCUUCUCUGGAGGUGUCAGUUGAACCCAGCGCCAGGCUGGUGCCCACUGAUGUUAUUAUAGAGGAAGGAACCGAGAGGUGGGUUACAUGUCAAGCCAAUAAUUAUUACCCAGAAACAAUUAAGUUUCAAUGGAUAAAACACCUCAGUGAUGCCCAACAUAUUGUGCUGCGCCAAGGAGUCUCCACCAAUGAGCCACUAGAGAAUGAGGAUGGAACCUUCAAUGUAACCAGUCAGCUGAUGAUAAAGCCGUCUAUGGAGGAUGAUAGGGAAAAGUAUUCAUGUAUUAUAUCCCACAGAUCUCUGGGAAACUCUCUUGUCCUGAAUUUUAUUCUGUCUGUAAAGGAGUCACAUAUCGUACUGAUCAGAGCUGUGGUUGGAACACUCGCUGCACUGAUUCUGCCGUUUUUCAUUUGGGGCUACAAAACACUCUUGAGAAAUGAGCCGCCCAGACUUUCUCCAAUAACGGGAUCAAAAUAUUUGCUCCAUAAGAAAAAGGCAAAGCUAUGUUUUCAAAUCUCUGGUUUUCGGCCCAAACCCAUCCAUAUUACUUUAUAUUUGAAAAGAAAAUGGGGAGAAUCAGCUGAAAUUUACUCAUGGAAUUCUGAGGUACAAACUGGUUCCUCUGCCCCACAAAACAAAGAUGGAAAUGGCACGGCAGAGAUGGAACAAUCGGUGAGUGAUGCGGAUUUGGAAAACUUGUCCCGUAUGCAACUUCAGAUGGUUCCUGAUGUAAAAUCAAGUAGAACAGGUAUUUGCACCUGUCUGUGCACAAUCAAUAUAACUCCUGACAUACAUGAAGAUGAAGGAGCAGAACUGACAGUCCAGGUCAAUCACAUUACUCUGAUGUCUCCCAUCUCUGUGUUCUGUCGGCUGAAAGUGAUGAAAGAGCCCCUGAGACUUUCUCCAAUUAGUGGAGCGGAACGGUUGGUACAUAUGAGAAAAUCAACUCUGAGCUGUCAGAUUCCCAAGUCCCUGCUAGAACCCACUGAAAUCACUUUAUAUUUACAAAGAAAAGGUGAAGAACAGAUUGAGAUUCUCUCUUGGAAAUCAGUGGCAUAUAAGGCAAACGCAGAACAGUUAGUGAGUAAUAUGGAGACUAAUCUGCCCGCAGCACUAAGACCACUGCAAGUGGAAAUGGAUCCUGUAAUAACAGCAUGUACAAAUGGAGAUUCCAAUUGUCAGUGCACAAUCCAUAUAACUCCUGACAUAGAGGAAGAUGAUGGAGCAGAACUGACUGUGAGCGUAAAUCACCCAGAGCUGAGAGACCCUUUUUCUGUAUCCUGUCGGCUAGUGGUGAAUGAAGAGACAAUGUUACUGGUGAUAGAUGAGGAUUAUAGAGUGAGAGUUGGCCCAGCCCCCCUGGACCCUACAGAUAACUUUCAUGAAAGGGCAAUAACACUUGGGAGACUUGAUGGAUUAGACAACAUUGCCUUGAGUCCUACUGGGACCCUCUUUGUAAUCCGAGAGGGAAAUCUCUACACCGGCCCAGUGUCAUCCUGUACAAACCAAAUAUUGUUUUCCCUUGACAGAAGAAUUGGGUGUGGUGCAUGGGACAUGUUUAAACUCAUCUCAGUUGAUCCCAGGGGGCUUCUAUGUUCAGUAGGGGAUUGUGGAUCAAUUUACAGGGGCCCGCACCCAGAAAAUGAAAGCCAGAACUGGAUUGGUGACCUGGGUCCUUAUGUAGGGAAGUGUAAGUGCAGUGAUGUUGAUGUUGUCUUCUUCGACCCACUAGGGACUUUAUAUGCAAUAACAAGUGACGGUUGGAUUAAGACAUUGUUCAAACCAGCAGAGACAGAUAGUGAUUGGUUAGAUUUAGGAGCUGCACUCAUAAAAAGAGACAGCAGAGAUUCCCCCCAUGGGAUUUCUUUCUGCCCUGAGGGAAACCUCUGGUGGGUCAGUAAGACUGAAGGCAAACUGUAUAAAGGGCCACAGCCAACUCAACAGAAUCCAGUAUAUUGGGAGGAGGCCACGCUCUUGGGCCAGGACUAUAACCAAUACAGGCUGUUUGGGUUCAUAGGAGGAACAUUCAUUCAGAGGAUUCAGAGUUUUGAGUUCUUCCCUGAAUUGGGAAAAAUCGUCAAAGAAAGGAAUAUAAUAGUAAAUUCAGAGACCUAUGAUAAUAGCAAAGGGGACAACACACUCAAUGACACUUUCAGCUUGAAGAAAACCAUAAUGGAAGUGAGUAGAUUUAUUCAUGAUCAUAACAUUGUGUUUGUGGAAGAGGCAGAAACCACUUUCAUGGAGGGAAUUCCUGUCAUUGGCAUGGAAAGAGGUUCCAAGAUUUCACUUGAUAAUAACAUCACUCACCAGUGGGAUUUCACCAACACCAAUGAACGAGAGGUUACUUUAUCUCUACAAGAGCCUGUUGUGGUUGGAAUUGGUAAAACUACACAUAUGGAGGCCUCAGUCCAGAAAGCCAAAAUAAGUGUCCCCUACAAGGUCCGACUACUCACAGGCCAAGGCUGCACUGUAACCAUUGGAGGCAGCUGGAAAGCGACCACCUUCUAUAAUCUGAGAGCCGCACCAAGAGAAUCCCAGAGAGAGAAGAAGCGCUCACAUUUGAAGUCAUCAGCAGAAGACAUUUGGAAAGAGGAGAGCUGCUUUAAUUCAAGGCUCAUGUACAGUGAUGGGUGGGUCAGGGAACGCUCCAAUAAUGAGACGUGCAUACCGAGAUGCAGAUUGAAAAAAGGCAGUCCCUCCCCCAAAACCUUCUUCUCAUUUAUUGGAGCGGAACGAUUGGUGCAUAUGAGAAAAUCUACUCUGAGCUGUCAGAUCCCUGAGUCCCUGCCAGAACCCACUGAAAUCACUUUAUAUUUGCAAAGAAAAGGUGAAGAACAGACUGAGAUUCUCUCUUGGAAAUCUGGAGAAAAACUUCUGCCAUUUACUGCAGUGUCAAAAAUUCCAGAGGCGCCAGUGGCUACUGAGUCAGAGAGAGAAGAGGCAGUGAGUAAUGGGGAGACUAAGCUGGCCCCAGCACAGAGGCCACUGGGAGUGGAAAUGUUUCCAAUAAUAACAACAAGUAAAAAUGGCGAUUCCAACUGUCGGUGCACAAUCCAUAUAACUCCUAACAUAGAGGAAGAUGAUGGAGCAGAAUUGACUGUGAGGGUCACUCAAUCUGCCCUGAGCUCUCCCUUCUCUGUGUCCUGUCGGCUGGAGGUCAACGAAGAGACAAUGUUACUGGUGAUGGAUGAGGAUUACAGAGUGAGAGUUGGCCCAGCACCCCAGGACCCUACAGAUAAUUUUCAUGAAAGGGCAAUAACACUUGGGAGACUUGAUGGAUUAGAGAACAUUGCCUUGAGUACUACUGGGACCCUCUUUGCCAUCCGAGAGGGAAAUCUCUACACCGGACCAGUAUCAUCUUGUACAAACCAAAUCUUGUUUUCUGUUGACAGAAGAAUUGGGUGUGGUGCGUGGGACAUGUUUAAACUCAUCUCAGUUGACCCCAGGGGGUUUCUAUGUGCAGUAAAGGAUUUAGGAUCAGUUUACAGGGGCCCACGUCCAGACAAUGAAAGCCAGAACUGGAUUGGUGACCUGGGUGAACAUGUAGGAAACUAUAACUGCAGUGAUGUUGAUGUUGUCUUCUUCGACCCACAAGGUUCUUUAUAUGCAAUAACAAGUGAUGGUCAGAUUAAGAUGUGGGUGAAAUCAGCAAAGACAGAUAGUGAUUGGUUGGACUUAGGAACUGCACUGAAAGAAAGAGACAGCAGAGAUUCUCCCCAUGUAAUUUCUUUCUGUCCUGAGGGAAACCUCUGGUGGGUCAGUAAGACUGAAGGCAAACUGUAUAAAGGGCCACAGCCAACUCAACAGAAUCCAGUAUAUUGGGAGGAGGCCACGCUCUUGGGCCAGGACUAUAAUCAAUACAGGCUGUUUGGGUUCAUAGGAGGGACAUUCAUUCAGAGGAUUCAGGGUUUUGAGUUUUUCCCUGAAUUGGGGGAAAUUGUCACAGAAAAGAGUAUGAUCUUAAAUACAGAAACCUAUGAUAAUAGUGAUGGGAGCUCCACAUUAAAUGAGACUUUCAGCUUCAAGAAAACCAUAAAGGAAGUGAGUAGAUUUAUUCAUGAUCAUAACAUUGUGUUUGUGGAGGUGGCAGAAACCACUUUCAUGGAUGGAAUUCCUGUUAUUGACAUAGAAAGAGAUUCCAAGAUUUCAUUUGAAAAUAUCACUCACCGGUGGGAUUUUACCAACACCAAUGAACGAGAGGUGACUUUAUCUCUACAAGAACCUGUUGUGGUUGAAAGUGGUAAAACUAUACGUAUGGAGGCCUCAAUCCAAAAAGCCAAAAUAAGUGUUCCCUACAAGGUCCAGCUGCUCACAGGCCAAGGCCGCACUGUAACUAUUGAAGGCAGUUGGGAAGGAACCACCUUCUAUAAUCUGAGUGCGGCACCAAGAGAUGUCUGGGGCAGGAGGAGUGGUCUUGGCUGUACAUUUACAGACAGUUGUGAAGAGGAGAACUACUUUGAUUAGAGGUUGAUGCAAAGCAAUGGGUGCAGAAGUGGCACCCAAGGAGAUCCUAUCUGGGGCGACCAUUGGGAUCUGUUACUUCUCCACCGGCAGCCACUACCCUGAUUAUUCCCCUAGCAUUUCACUUUCUUCUCACUGGGAAGAGGCUGAAAACAGGAAUAAAAGUGCAUUGUAGCACCAAAAAAAACUCACCAAUGAGAACCAAUCUAAGAAUUAAUGUAACUCAGUGAUGUCAAAUCUGCAGCCCUCCAACCCUUGGCUUUUAGCGAGAGACUGUCCGUUUUAUUUUAACAACAGCAGCUCAAGGUACAGAUCACUGUUGUAUAAACUGACACAUCCUAACAAUUGUUACACAGUAUUUGUGCUUUAACAUGUUUUGCUCACAGGGGCCACAGAAGUCUUGGAACUGCCCUACCCUAGAUACACUGUUCCUGACUGUAAUGCAUUUCAUUUCCAGGGUCAGACAAAGGCUGAGAGAGAUUGGGAGAAAACAUCUGACAGGAGGAAAAUACAGAGUCAUAAAACACUGUAUAAUAUAAAUCCUUAUCAAAUUAAUCAUGAAACACAAAUUCUGAGAACUUGCAUCAGGUCCUCCUUACUGGCGCCUACAUAAGAUUUUGGGAUCAUGCAAAGCUUCUCUUGUUUGUAUGUAUGUAUGUAUGUAUGUAUGUAUGUAUGUAUGUAUGUAUGUAUGUAUAACUUUAUUUGUAUAUAGAUGUUAAUGAGCCACGGUGCCAUAUAAUGCAUAAAAGUACAAUAUAAAUAAAAGUACAAUAUAUAAAAGUACAAUAUAAAUAAAAGUACACUAUAUAAAAGUUUGCACAGGGAGGACAAGUCACACAAUAAAUUUACACAGGGCACAUAGCUCAUAUAAGGGACAGAGAGCUUAAGUUCUAUGUGAUAUGAGACACAGUAGGAAGGAGGUCCCUACCCUAUAGAGCUUACAAUCUUAAGUUUCCAUAAAAUGGCACCUGUCUGUAAAUCGAAUUGUGCAUUCAAAAACGAACGAAGAAACAAAAUGUAAAUAAUUUAUAUAGUCUAAUAAGGAAAGAUUGUUUUGCUCGACUACCACAAUCAAUUAGGAUUUGGAAUUAUUUAUUGGGGUGACAGGUCCCAUUUAAAACCUGUCUGGGAGUUUUACUGUGCAUCAUGAUAACAAACACCUCAGGGGUUAAUUGGCAAUUUAUAAUUUUUUUUCUUUCAGGUCAGCAGACCCAGUACUAGGGGUAGGCAGCACAGGCCUGUGAGUUGAGAGCAACUGGGGUUGGGCUCAGUUCUCCCCUCACCAAAAAAACAUGUGCCUGGUUUCCAUUCCUAAGUUGAAGCUCAUUGCAGCACUGGAGGUGGGCCCUUGGUCUGCAGCAAUAAAGCUCACAUUGACACCUGUUAGGGAGUAUCUGGAAUUGCCCCCGUACCCACCUUUGGUGACCUCCAGUAUCUGCAUAUUCUGUGUAAUUUGAAAAUAAAAUGUAUAUUAUCUUGACUGUAAUAACAAUGGUGAUUUCAUUACUGAGAUGAUAUGUGAUAUUUGAUGAUAUUGAUGACUAGCUCUGAUCAAUAUAUCAAUAAAUAUGUGCAGAUAAA